AUGCGCACCCGGCUCCGGGUCACCUUCCCGCGGUCUGCGCAGGCGCGUUGCGGUGAGGCGAAGGGGGGGGGAAGCGCGCGCGCGGCCCGCGCAGGCGCAGAGCGAGCGGCCGCCGUGAGGGGAGAAAAGCGGCGGCAGCGCCGAGCGGGGACAGCGAGGGGACAGCGAGGGGACACCGGCGCCGCCAUGUACCGGCACGUCACCGCCACCGUCACCGCCGCCGUCCGCCUCCGGCCCGGCCGCGCCUGGGCUCCGGCAGCCGCGGCAGCGCCUCCCGGGCCGGCCCCGCCGCGCCGCCGCUACCGAGCGCGGCUGCAGGACCUUGAGCCCCCCCUGGUCCCGGGCCCAGCCCUGGCGCUGCUGCCCCCCCCGCGCUGCCCCCCCCGGCCCCCCGGGACCCCCGGGCCGCCCCCCCGGGGGCUGCAGGGGCUCGGGGGGGCUCCGGUGACCACGGUGGACGGGCGGCGCGAGGACGACAUCGCCGUCAGGGACAGGGACGGCGACAGGGACAGGGACAGGGACAGGGACAGCAGGGACGGGGAGCCCGGGCUGGGGGCGCGGCUGCUGCUGGGACCCCCCCCCAGCCCGGGCAGCCCCCCAAAGGGCGGCGGGGGGAGCCCCCAGAGGAACCCCCCGAGCAUGGAGGAGCACCUGGCCAGCAUGCACGAGCGGCUGCGGCACGAGCUCCCCAAUUUCUUCCUGAAGAUCCCGGACUAUGGGCUGUACGCGCCCGACGUGGAGUUCCAGUGCCAGCACCUGCACCUGCACACGCGGGGCCGGCCCAUGUACGCCGUGGCCGUGGCGCUGUGCCGCGCCCUGGCCUGGGGUUACUUUGCCAGCCUCAGGCUGGAGGUGCUGGCGCUGACGCGGCACCCGGAGGAUUGGAGCGUGCGGGCGCGGUGGCGCCUGACGGGGCUGCCCCUGCACCUGCUGCUGCUGCGCUGGUACCGGCGCGACAAACGGACCCUGCUCAGGUCCUACGACGCCCUCUCCACCUUCUUCCUCAACUCGCAGGGGCUGAUCCGCUGCCACCGCGUGGACAAGCUGAUGCCAGCCCCCACGGCCGUCCCCGAGCCCAAGAAGCUGCUGGUGGCCGCGGCGCUGGCGGUGGCGCUGGCCCGGCCCUGAUGCCACCACCGACAGGAGGUGACAGGGACACCUGUGUGUCCCCUCCCCCCCCCCCUUUGUCACCUGUGUCCCCUCCCCCCCCCGUGUCCCCAAUGUCCCCCCCACCCCUUAAAUUAAUGUACAGAAUAAAGGAGCAGCGGUGA